GACAAGUGGCACCUUGCUUACGCUGUUACUUCGGCUUUUCGUGAGCAUUUUCGGUGUUCUCUGCAGCAUGCCCGAGCCCGCCAAGUCGGCUUCGGCCCCGAAGAAGGGCUCCAAGAAGGCGGUGACCAAGGCGCAGAAGAAGGACGGCAAGAAGCGCAAGCGCAGCCGCAAGGAGAGCUACUCGGUGUACGUGUACAAGGUGCUGAAGCAGGUGCACCCCGACACCGGCAUCUCGUCCAAGGCCAUGGGCAUCAUGAACUCGUUCGUCAACGACAUCUUCGAGCGCAUCGCGGGCGAGGCGUCCCGCCUGGCGCAUUACAACAAGCGCUCGACCAUCACGUCCCGGGAGAUCCAGACGGCCGUGCGCCUGCUGCUGCCCGGGGAGCUGGCCAAGCACGCCGUGUCCGAGGGCACCAAGGCCGUCACCAAGUACACCAGCUCCAAGUGAGCCCGCCGGCCGCUGACCGCAACCCAAAGGCUCUUUUCAGAGCCACUUAACUUUUACCGAGAAAGAGCUCUUGCGCUUUUAACUGUCGA